AUCAAGGCUGGCUUCAAGGAGAAGAAUAAGGAAAAAUUCCGCUUAAUGUCGGUGACGCUGCUAUAGAUCGCUAGACUCAACCCAACGGCUAGGAAACUGCAUUCUUUCGGCCAUUCGCUUCUGUGUGCAACUAAGACUUGAUCUUUGAAAUUGAUUUGAUGUGAGAUGGUGCGAGCAUCGUGGAAGCCGCAGCACCACCCCCACGGCGGUUCCGUGGCUCGCUUGGUGGUGGUUGCCCUCGUGGGUCUCCUUGGAUUCGCUCUUGUUGCCGAUUACCUGUGGGCUUCCUCUUCGCGUUUCUCGUCUUCUUCGCGUCUCGGUAGUUGGAACAAGCCCCCGGCAUCCAUAAUUUUACACCCUCCUCCCCAGGGAGGAGCUGGUAAAGAUAAGAAGAAGGAUGCUGUUCUUGAGAGAGUCUUAUCAGCAACAUUUGCUGAUUUGCCUGCUCCAGAAACUAAGUGGGAAAAGAUGGCUUCUGCGCCUGUACCUCGUCUAGAUGGGGCUGCAAUACAGAUUAAGAAUCUUCUGUAUGUCUUUGCUGGAUAUGGUACAAUUGAUUACGUUCAUUCGCAUGUCGAUAUUUACAAUUUUACGGAUAACACAUGGGGAGGAAGGUUUGAUAUGCCUAAAGAGAUGGCACAUUCGCAUUUAGGGAUGGUGACAGAUGGGAGAUACAUUUAUGUAGUUACAGGACAAUUUGGCCCACAAUGCAGAGGGCCUAUAGGUCACACAUUUGUGCUUGAUACUGAAACGAAGCAAUGGCGAGAUAUGCCACCUUUACCACUCCCUAGGUAUGCUCCUGCUACGCAACUUUGGAAGGGUAGACUUCAUGUGAUGGGUGGCAGCAAGGAGAAUCGACACACCCCUGCAUUAGAGCAUUGGAGUCUUGCCGUAAAGGAUGGAAAACCAUUAGAAAAGGAGUGGAGGUCCGAAAUAGCCAUUCCACGUGGAGGACCUCACAGGGCUUGUGUUGUUUUUGAUGAUCGACUUUAUGUGAUUGGUGGUCAAGAAGGUGAUUUUAUGGCCAAACCUGGAUCUCCUAUUUUCAAAUGCUCUCGCAGGAAUGAGGUGGUAUUCGGCGAUGUAUACAUGCUAGAUGAUGAGAUGAAGUGGAAAGUAUUACCUUCUCUGCCCAAGCCAGAUUCUCAUAUUGAAUUUGCUUGGACAAUUGUUAACAAUUCUCUUGUUGUCGUCGGAGGCACAACAGAGAAACACCCAGUUACUAAAAAGAUGGUUCUGGUUGGAGAAAUCUUUCAAUUAAAUUUUGAUACUCAGAAACUUGUGGCUUACUGCGUUUCCACCUUCAAUUGUCAAACAAAAUGUCCAUUCACUGGAAGCCUGCAGAUUUUGCUGCAUCAAAUUUUCAACAUUACUUUUGAGAAGUGGUCAGUUAUUGGAAAACUUCCUUUCCGUGUGAAAACCACACUUGUUGGAUACUGGAAUGGAUGGUUGUACUUCACGUCAGGACAGCGGGACAGGGGACCAGAUAACCCAGCACCAAGAAAGGUCAUUGGAGAGAUGUGGAGAACCAAAUUGAAACUGAGAUCCUGACUCUUUUCAAUGAUUUUUUUUGGAAGAUAUUCCAAUCUAACUAGUUCUCACCUUGCCAACGAAUCAAAUGUUUUGUAUUCUGUAUCAUUUUAUGUAAUAUGAUUAUUGAUUCUUUCUGGCUUACCUAUUUGGUGUUUUUUUUUUCUGCAACUGAAGAGGACCAGGGACUGUACAAGAGAAGCGAAAAUUUCCCAGUAUUUGCAAUUUUGUAAAGUUAUGAUUGUACAAUUUGAUUCUUGGCCCAGAAAUGAACAAAUUGUCAUGUUGCACAAGUGUGAGUAGUUUUUCA